AUGGCCGCCGUUCAAGUACGAAACCCCCCUUCCUUACCAUUACCAUCCCCCUAUAAACUGUCUUACCGUGUGACACAGGUCGUCUCUCCUGCCGAAUAUCGCGCAGCGCGUCUGAGUCUACUGGAGAAAGAAAAGGAAGCUACGCGUGUCCGGGACACCCUCGCUGCCGAGCGACGCAAGCUUCCAAUCGUCGAAGUAACUAAUCCUUACACCUUCACCAUCAUCUGCCCAAAGGAUAGCGAAAAGAAGAACCUCAGUCUUUCUGACCUGUUCUUCGGCCGCCGCCAACUGAUCAUCUAUCACUUUAUGUUCGACCCUUCUUGGGAAGCGGGCUGUCCUAGCUGCACCGUGAUGGGCGACUCAUUCCCUGCUCUGGAACACCUCCACUCGCGCUCCACUAGCAUCGUCGCCGUGUCGCGCGCCCCGAUCGAGAAGAUCGAGGCGUACAAGAAGCGCAUGGGCUGGACGUUCCCCUGGGUGUCGUCCUAUGACAGUGACUUUAACUUCGACAUGCAUGUGACGCAGGACGAGGCCGUCCGCGCGGUUGAGUAUAACUUCAAGAGCAAGGAUGAGCUGCUCAAAGUUGCCCAAAACUACUUCACUAAGGGAGAACAACCAGGAAAUAGCGUCUUCUAUAGGGGUGACGGCAAAAUUGGUGAGGAGGGAAAGAUUUACCACACAUACUCGACCUACGCGCGUGGUGGGGAGCAUUUGAUCAACACCUUUGGCUGGUUGGACCUGACACCCCUCGGCAGGCAGGAUGGAGAAAGCGGAUAUCCUGGUCUCGGGUUUCGGCGCAAGGACGAGUAUACUCAGGAUGAGCUGAAAGGGCUGCACUAG